UUUAUUCGGAGCAUUACCCCUCCUACAGUCGACCCUGAUAAAUAUCUCUCAUAGCUGUCCCAAUAAUCAGACAAGCCCGGAGUAUACAAGAUGGCAGAAGCCAGCAACCGUCCCGAGCCGGCAGUUCUCAAACGGAAGGGCUUUCAAGUCUGCCACGGGACAUUCAGCGUGUCAGGCGUCGACCGCGUUGAGGGCUCGCGCCUGAAACAGCUGUUCUACCCCGAGACGCUUCGACUAAAGCGAGACCAAAAAGCAGCACGAGAAUCUGCGAAAGAACUGUUUAAGAAGGAUUUUUUUGUUGCGCAAUUAAAGCACUAUGGAAUCGAGUUUGCUUCAACUGCCAAGGUGUCACAACUUCGUGACCUGCUCGAGGUUGCCGUUCGCGAAGACAGGUGUGAGCGUGUCCCGGCGGCGGUGCUUCUCCUGGAAAAGUCGAUGCGACGCGACUACGAGCCUCUACAGCAGGCAUGGGAACGCGACGUCCGGGCCUACGACGCGAAGAAAAAAUACCAAGACGACGACAAAUUCGCCAAAUGCACAACACCAGGCCAAAGAGCAAGCUUGGACCUGAAUCGCUUCAUAGAAUAUUACUUCCUGACUGACGGGCAGCCUGACCAGGCGAAGACGACAAAGCCACUGGCGGUACACGGGUUUGGUGACAGAGCGAGUCUUCACAGAAUCGCGGAGCGAGUUGACGGACUCCAUACCGUGAGCGGAGGGACUGGGAUGGAUAGAACUCUGUGCAUCGGAUGGCAUCUCGGUGCUGUUCGGAGUUUGGCGGAGGGCAUCAGUGCCGAGGCAGCCAAGAUCCGGAAGCAACAACAGGACUCCAAGUGGGAGAACGCCAUGGAGGCUCACCGGCAAUACGUUAAGCAAAGCCAGGCUCCAUCGUUCGACCUCCAGCGAUGUCGAGGUUCAUACAUUGUACAAUGCCUACCAGUAUCGAACGGUUGGUCGGAGACUCGUGACAUCACGUUUACUCUUGAUGUCUGCCGCGGCACAAAGGGAACUCUUAUCGCAGAUUUCCAAUUUGGAAUCAUCGAGGGAACAAUGCUGUUGGGCCUCUCUGAUGAGGUGUUGGAUAACAUUGCCGAGCCUGAGUCGCACUCCGAUGACUGUGGAUCUCCCGACGAUGAUGACGAUGAAGAAGAGCCUGACCAAGAUCAAAAAGGCAAAGGGAAGAAGCGCCUGGCGAAGGCCGUGAGUAACGAGAAAGCCCGUGGCGCCGGUCAUGACGCCAAGAGAGGCAAGAUGAUGCCUUCACUCUCUCGCCGGGUGUAUUACAGACUCCGGGGUCGAGAGACUGGCGAGGGCCAAAUCCUUCCCGAUAUCGAGUCUGGCCAUCUCGAUUUUAUGAGCGACCGUUGCGCAAGAUUCGAAGGCCUAGCUGACUACUUUCCAUACGUUGGCAGGAAUGUUGAGUUCCGAGGAUUCAAAGUUUCAGAUAAACCACGGAAGAAGGCAGCCGAUUGGGAUGCCUUUUCCUACCAGGCAUAUGAAUAUGCGAGAAAAGCGAGGUGGUUUUGAGGAUGGCCGGUAUUCUGUGGCUUUCUCUCCUCGUCUACGAAGAUUGAAGGCUCACUGGUUGGGGUUCUCAGUAUUGUGGUCGAUGUUUGAGCGGGUUCUAAUCCAAAUAUAUUUUAUGUCUUCAUUUUAUUCUAAUUCUAGGUUUAAUUUUCUAUACUUGCUUAAUCUUAUUCCUAAGCAAAGAUUGUACCUUCCAUAAUUUCCGAAUCAAACUCUUC